CUCUAUUGGAGCUGUUCUGUGGGACUCUCGAGUCAAGGACAGUUGGCUAGUAUCGAGGAUGCCUGCGUUGUGAGUUCUCAGAAGUAGCACCACAUCGCGGAAAGACGGCUCGAUACUCGAGUCGAGCAACCCAAUGCUGAAAAGGUGUAACUCUCACUAUGGGGGAUUACACUUAUAGCCGCAAGGCUCGAAUCUGGGUGCGCAUCUGGGUGGCGGAGAAGGAUGUUGCGAAAUACUUCGAAGCCCUCGGGGUCGUCUUCUACAAGAUUGCCCGCGAGCCCGAAUGCACGCUCUUCGAAGUGUAUCAGUCGCAGGAAAACAAGGGAGAGAUUUUGGUGCUCAAGAAUUGGAACGCAUCAAAGGAAUGGGUGGUGAAUGUGGCGAUGAAAAGACCGUACCUCGAUGAGUACCAUGAUAUCGUCGAACCAUUGUUUAUCAAGCCCAAAGAGGUGAUAAUCGCGGAUCGUAAGGCUGGAAAAUUCAGUGUGGUAAAGACCAAUAACGGCCAGAUCUGGCCGGCGGAUGGACAUGAAUAG